UCUAAUUUUAGAAGUGUACGAGAUUCCAUCCUUUCUUGAGGGACUAAUCCCGCCUAAAACCUCGUUGGCAUUGUUUGUCAUGACUAAACCUUUAACCUUUUAUUCUUAAACAACCAAUCCAGUUGACCAGGUAUCUCACAAAAAAAACUGAAAAGAAAUCGAAAAGUGACCAUAAAACAACACAGAAGGAUCCUUCCUUUCUGGUGCCAGUCUAACCUGGCACCCCCAUGAUAACAGAUACUCCACUGCUGCAUUUUCUCCUGGCCCCCAAUCUCAUCCUAGCUACUACUUCCAACAACAUCACGACAAACCAUUGAAGAAUUCAGAGUUUAUUUCUAUGUUUUCCUUAUCUCAUCGCGAAGCCACUCUCCUUUUUUUAAUUCAAGGAGGCCUGGAGGCUUAAAGGCACGCGCAAUCUUGAUGGGGCGAAACAGAAGCGGGCACAUCAUCACAACCUAUGUGAUCUUUCCUCUGCUCUUGUUAUUAUUUUCACCUGUUCAUGGCUUAACAAGCUAUGACCCGGAGUCUUUAGAUGCAUUGAUUCAUAAACACGCAAUGAAGGCACAAGCAAAGAAACGUACAGGUACUUCAUUACAAGUCUCUCUCCCUGCUAAUUUCUCUGGAAUCGAAGUCUCAGUUGUUAGGCUAAGAAGUGGUCAUUUCUGGGAAAGAGGAGUCAAUUUCAGUUCUUUUUAUAUCCCGCCAAGGGUUCUUCCAUUCCCAUUUGUGAAGAGACUAUCUAUAGUAUACCAGAACUUGGGGAAUUGGUCUACUCGUUAUUACAAGGUGCCUGAUUAUUCAUUAGUUGCUCCUGUUGUUGGCUUCAUGGCUUACGAUGCUUCAAAUUUAAGUGCACUGGGUAAUGAAGCACUCAAGUUUAGCAUUCUGGGUGGCCCCAUUUUGAUCAGCUUUCCUAACCUUGAGAUAAAAGGUAAGCUUGAGACAUUAAAAUGCGUCAAACUUGGUCCAGAUGGAUUUGUCCAAUUCAGGAACAUAACCAAGGGAAACACCUGCAUCACACAAGGUGAUGGUCAUUUUUCACUUGCUGUUCAAAAUCCUGAAGUAGAGAAGAAUAUCAGAGUAUGGAAAUGGUAUGUGGUUGGAUUUGGAGCUGGGUUUUUUGCAUUGGUUUUGUCGGGUGUGAUUGGAUACACCACUUUUAAACUAGUGAGGAGUAAGAAAUUAAGAGGAAUGGAAGCAGAGUCUGAAAAUGGGGUGGCUCUUGAUGCAACUUCAGUCGGAAGAAGUAAGAUGCCUUCAGCAUCAAUGGUAAGAACCCAGCCAACCCUUGAGCAAGACUAUGUUCCUUGACUUACAUUCCAGUAUAACUGUAGCUUUUCACUCUUCUUUCAAUCUUGGAGUGAUGACACCUUCACCCCCUCCCCCCCCUAAUUUUUCAAUUAAUUAUAGCAGAAUUGUUUGUAAUCUUGAUACAUGUUCUCAGAGUUGAGGCAGCUACAUUUGAGAUUUGUUUGUGAGAAUUAAGAAAUUUAUCCUCUGAUAUUGAUUACUA